AUGAAGACGUCCUGGAUUAUUGGGAUUGCUUUAUCAAGCGCCCUAGCGUUUGGAAUAGGUUAUGCAAUUCAUUUUGAUUAUAAACGUCGGAAUGAUGCAGCUUUCCGGAGAAAGUUAAGACGUGAUAAGAAAAAACUUUCACGGGCACAAAAAGCUGAAUCACAACAUCAGGAGGAAGUUUUGGCCCAAGCGAUUCGUAAGGCAUAUCAUGAAGUGCAAAAAUGUACACUUCCUCAUUUAGUUGAAGAGCGUGAGCAAUUUUUCAUGCAAGAAGUAGCAAAAGGUGAAGGGCUUUAUUCUCAAGGAUCUCAUAAAUUUAUUGAAGCCGCAAGUUGUUUUUUUCGUGCUCUUAAGGUGUACCCAAAUCAAAUGGAAUUGAUGGUUAUUUACGAAAAAACAAUACCUAAGGAAGUGAAUGCUAUUAUUGUAAAAUUGCUUCAACUAGAUGAAAGUACUAAUGCUUCUAAAAAUAUAGAAGAGACUCUUGAAUGA